UGGACACGGACAAUCUUGCAGUAACUUUUUUUUUCUUCUUUCCUUUCUCCGUGGAAGAAGCCUCAAGAAAAAAAAAGUCAAGGGGACAAAAGACACACUGGAUUACAUUUGUAUUGCAUUUGCAUCGCGCUGCAGGAUUCCCCUGGAUACCUAGACGCGUUUAUUUCCGGAUUAAUGUGGUCGCAAAUUUGUGGAUUUAUCAAUAUUUGAAGCUGGUGGCUGAGGUGAGUGAGGUGUUUUCCGGUGGAGUGGAAACAUGUGGCUGCUCGGCUGCUCCGUGACUCUGCUGGCCCUCAGUUUUGGAUCAUGUGAAACACUGACAUCAGAGCAAGAUGAACAAUGCCCAUCCUUGCAAGUGGAUGAGUGGAAGUUUCCUCAGACUGCCCGGCACAAUAUCACAGGUUUUAAUCUGGUGAGGCGCUUCUCCCUGCUCAAGAGCACAGAUGUCAAGAAGAUCCGCAACCCUCGAGGACCCAUCAUCCUCCGCCUGGGCAAAGCAGCACUCCUACGCCCCACCGAUCAGGUGUUCCCUCAUGGCUUACCUGAGGAGUUCACCCUGAUCUUCACCCUCGCGUUAAAGAAGGCGGCCCUGAGGGACACCAUCUACCUCUUCCAGAUAUCGGACCAGCAGGGAUACCCACAGCUCUCUGUAGACCUCAACGGCCCUGAAGGCACCCUGUCCCUGCGUGCCAGGGGGGUAGACCCCGUAGCUGACCAGGUGAGCUGCGUGUUCACCGGGGAAGGUGUGGAGGCCCUGAUGGACCUGCGCUGGCAUAAGGUGGCCCUCAGCGUGCAACAGGGAGCCGCCUCACUCCACGUGGACUGCAACUCCAUCGAGACCAAACCCUUGGAGCCCCGUGGAGUUGUGCCCACUGACGGACACACUCUGCUGGGCAUUCGGGCUUCAGAUGCUGGGCCUGUGCAGAUGGACAUUCAGCAGGUGAUGCUGUAUUGUGACCCCUUUCUCGCCAUUCAGGAGGCCUGCUGUGAAAUACCUGGAGCACGGUGCCCAGCAGAUGCUCCCAAGAGCCGCCGUGCUGCUGAGAAUGACCUGUUGGAAAAUACUUUUAACCAGGAGAUUUUUGCAUCAAAGGACCUGGCAGAUAAAUGUGGUGGUUGUUUAUUCCACAAUAGGGAAGAAAAUGCGGCUGCCAGGUUGAAAGGAGAAAAAGGCGACCGGGGUGAUAGCUGUUCUGGCUCCCAUUCAGGUCUAUGUGCAGAGGGACCCAAGGGCCAGAAGGGAGAGCAGGGCGAGUCGGCGCUGCCUGGCAACUGGGGCGACGCAGCAGGGUACAAGGGGGAAAAAGGUCAGAAGGGAGAGAUCGGUACUCAGGGUCUCACAGGCACUCCAGGGAAGGAUGGUCGAGCGGGGUCCAUCUGUGUAGUCGGCCCCAAGGGACAGAAGGGUACCCCGGGUAUGGUGGGUCCUGAGGGGCUGGCUGGGGAGCCAGGGAAGCCUGGAUAUCCAGGCCCACCAGGAAUUGGAAAGCCAGGACCACCAGGUCUUCCUGGUGAACCGGGUGGUGCCAAGGGAGACACGGGAGAUUCAGGACCUCAGGGAAGAGAUGGAUUGCCUGGAGAUCCAGGACCAAGAGGACCAGGGGGGCCUAAAGGAGACAAGGGUGACCCGUGUGAAGUUUGCCCCGUGCUGCCUGCAGACAUGGGGAACACAGUGGCUCUGCAGGGGAAGCCGGGCCCUAAAGGAGAGCCGGGAGUACCGGGGAUAGGAGAGAGAGGACCGGCUGGCCUGUCGGGUGCAGAUGGCAAGGCAGGACAGAAGGGGGAACCAGGAUCAAGUGGCGUCAAAGGAGAAAAGGGAGAGUCAUGUUCUGUGUGCCCCACCCUGGGAGAGUUACCCCUCGGCCCCGGGGUCCAGAGCCAAACCCUGAAGCAGAAAGGAGCGAAGGGAGAGCCUGGGAUGGGACAGAAAGGAGAGCAGGGGGAGCCAGGAAAUGUAGGCUCACCUGGCCUUAGAGGAGAGAAGGGUAGCGCAGGCAGCAAAGGAGGUGAUGGUAAGACGGGAAAGCCUGGACCAAGGGGACAUGCGGGCAAGGAUGGACUAAAAGGUUUAAAGGGAGAGCAAGGUCUGCCUGGUCUUGGUCUUCCUGGCCUGAAGGGUGAGAAGGGCGAGUGUGGUCUGUGUCAGCCGGCCGAGGUCGGUAGUGGACCUGCCGGCAUCAAACUGCCUGAAGGAGCACGGGGCAAGCCAGGAGAACCAGGUCUACCAGGUCCAGCCGGACCUCCAGGUCUGGGAGCUGAAGGCAAACAGGGCCCACCAGGACUCGCUGGCACAAAAGGAGAAAAGGGAGAAGAUGGAGAUCAAGGAGAUAAGGGGCUGGAUGGAGCUCCUGGAGUCCCGGGACUGCCUGGAGAGCCGGGUCGGGACGGACUAACAGGCCUGAAGGGAGAAAAGGGUGAAGCUUGUACCAGCUGUCCUUCUGGGGGCCCUGCAGUGGGGGAUGGGGUGGCUGUGCAAGGCCCCAAAGGAGAGAGAGGAGAGCCUGGUGCUCCCGGAGAUGGGAAGCCUGGCAGAAAUGGAAAACCAGGCUUACCAGGUGUGCAGGGGCCUGCCGGUCCCAAAGGCAACAAGGGAGAAUCUGGAGCUGCAGGAGUCGGCCUUCCAGGACCACAAGGUGAAGAGGGGCCGAGAGGGCUCCCAGGACCUGUUGGACCUGCUGGAGCCAGAGGACUGACUGGAUCUGUCGGCCCUGCAGGGGAAAAGGGCUCCCCAGGAGACGCUGGGCUUCCAGGACCACGAGGGCCUGAGGGCGUCGGAGCAACAGGACCUCCGGGUAGAGAUGGUGUCCCCGGGUCUCACGGAGCUGAUGGCAGACAUGGACUUGAUGGAGCUAAGGGGGACAAGGGUGAACCUGGAGAGUGUAACUGCAUAAUCCCCGUGCACACUGGCAUAGGUGGACCUGGAGCUCCAGGAACUCCAAUAAACACGUGGCAGCCCGGGCCUCAGGGCCCACCAGGACCUCCCGGCCCACCUGGUCCACCGGGGCCUCAGGGUGUUCAUGGACUGGAAGGACCACAGGGUAUCCCUGGAAACGACGGGAUACCAGGGAAAGCGGGUUUGCCUGGAUACGGCAUUGUUGGACCGAACCAGCUGCCCCGAGACAACCCUGAUGUGGAGGAUGCUGCGGGCUGUGAGGAUGGGAACUGUUCCCAAGGAUUACCAGGGGUGCCAGGCACAACCGGUGCAAAGGGAGAGAAAGGAGAAGACGGCAAGCCUGGAGUCAACCCGGUGGACAGCUGUGACAAGUGUUUGGAGAGACUGCAGAGAGAGCAGGCAACACAAGCAGUGGAUGACCGACGAGGAACACCAGGAAUUCCAGGAACGCCUGGAUCAUCAGGAAUCAGAGGAGAGCCAGGUAUACCAGGAGAUAGAGGCCAAGCAGGACAACCAGGAACCAUGGGACCUCCUGGUUUCCCAGGACCUCAGGGCCCCUCUGGUGCAUCUGGUCAGCAGGGCGAGCGAGGGUCAGAUGGCCUCCCAGGAUUGAAGGGCGAGCAGGGCCCUCCGGGGACGUCCGGGUAUCCAGGAGCCAUGGGGCCCCCUGGGCUGCCUGGACUGAAGGGCGAACGUGGGAGCCCAGGAAGCGAUGGUCUAAAAGGAGAACCAGGUGCUGCUGGGACACCUGGCUACCAAGGACAGGCUGGUGCACCGGGCAUAAAAGGAGAAACAGGACCAGCUGGUUCUGCUGGUCCCAAAGGGGAUCAGGGUUUCGCAGGACCACCAGGUUUCCCAGGACCGCCUGGAGGACCAGGUCCUUCCGGCAAACCUGGACGGGAAGGCCUCCCUGGGCUCAAGGGAGAAAAGGGCAAUGAUGGUACUCAAGGCUCUCAAGGACCAACGGGACCCCCAGGCUCCCCAGGCUCCCCUGGGAUGAUGGGCCCCCCUGGUAUCGAGGGAUUGGAUGGCAAAGAUGGUAAACCAGGGCUGCGGGGAGAGGCCGGCCCUCCAGGCCCAAUCGGGCCACGAGGAAUCCCUGGAUUCAAAGGGAUUAAAGGCCAUGCUGGCUUCCCUGGACAGAAGGGUGAAGCUGGACCUUCAGGACCACCUGGACCACCAGGCAGGAUGGGACACGAUGGUGAUCCUGGUACUCCGGGAGCUCUGGGACGACCUGGACCCCCUGGCAACAUCGGUCCUUCAGGUCCAUCAGGACCACCAGGACCUCCCGGUCCAUCAGGAGUGGGUAUAAAAGGAGAUAAGGGCCAAGCUGGAGAGAGAGGUCUUCCAGGCAUGGGAGGAGCCCCAGGACCCCCGGGGCACCCAGGGAUCAUGGGAGAGCCAGGAAACGACGGAGCAGCUGGUAAAGAUGGAACAGUCGGCCUACCAGGAGACAACGGGCAGCCGGGGCAGAAGGGCGAACCGGGGGCUGCAGGCCAGAGGGGUCCUGCUGGGGAGAGGGGCCGACCAGGGCCCCCCGGUGGAGGAGGGUACCACUCCAAGGAUGCCCAGCCCAUGAUGGGCCCAGCUGGACCCAGAGGAGAGAGGGGGAGUCCAGGCUCAGACGGCCUCCCCGGAGUCCCUGGAGCUGCAGGGUCCCCAGGAAAUGAUGCUGUAGUCAAUUAUGAUGAAAUCAAGAACUUCAUCCGCCAGCAGGUCAUCAAGAUGUUUGAUGAGAGAAUGGCCUACUACAUGUCCCGCAUGCAGAUGCCAGUAGAGAUGGUGGCGUCCCCAGGUCGGCCUGGACCUCCAGGGAAAGAUGGAGCUCCAGGUAAUCCUGGAGGUCCAGGUGCACCUGGACUACCGGGACAGAUUGGCAGACAAGGCCGGCCAGGAGGCCAAGGACCACCUGGACCACGAGGACCACAUGGAGAAAAAGGAGAUAAAGGUGUUGGAGAGAUGGGCGAUGUCGGACCUCCAGGAGCACCAGGCGUCCCAGGACCCCAAGGCUACGGCAAGAUGGGCCCCCCGGGUCCUGUUGGCCAGCAGGGUGUUCCUGGGAUCCCGGGUCCUCCUGGACAGUCUGGCUCCAAGGGCCGCGAUGGCCGCUGUAAUCCUGCAGACUGUAUGAGCCACCAAGUAGAGUACAGCCCCAAGGGCCCCCCUAUGAAGGGCCCCUGGUAGAAGAGGGGCAGAGAGGACUAAAAGCCAAAGACCAUGAUCCAAAGUUAAUAAAUCUGACCACAAGAUGAAAUCAAGGAGCUCUUUUGUUAUUGCAAAUGUACCCACACACACAGAUUUCUGCUGUAGUCCUGAGCAGAAAUCCACUAUUUCUCUCUAAGGGCCCCGCUGGAAUGAGGCCCUGCAAAGACACACCAGCAGCACAUUUUUAUUGCAUCAUUCUUUUUCCUCUAUGGAUGCCAGUUCAAUGCUAUAUUACUGCCUUUUAUUUUGGCUUCGCCUCUUUAUUCUGACUGUGUUUCUCUUCUUUUGUACAUUUUCAAACAACCCAGGGGAGGCGACAAGAAUCACAAUUUGUAUUUUCUUCCCCUUGAUUAAUUCUGGCCUCUUCUGUUUUUUCAUUUUCUUUGUCUAAAUCUGUAGAAAGAGAAUACACACAAUUAUUGUAGCACUUUGCUUGCACCUCUCAUAUCUUUGUUCCCUUCUCACAGAAUCACAUUCAGAGUGCAUCCCAUGCAUUUCUAAUAUCCUGUCUCAGUGCUUGUGGUGUGAUACAUAUUUGAAUUUGACUUGUAAGAGAAUAUCCCGAGAAUUUUAUUUCAGUUCUGUAGACAGAGAUGUCAAAAACAAGCAUUCAUACCCUUUUUGAUGGAUUGACUGUUUUGUAUAUAUUUCUAUUUAUAUAUAGUGGCUUUUUAUACUUUUUCAACAGAUUUGAUACAAGGUAUAUGCAUGAGUAGCCACUUAUUUUCCAUUGUCAGUGGUUAUAAAGCAACAAAAUAGCCAAAGGGAUAUUUUUCUAAGGUCUAUAAGCUUCUAAAAUGGAAUAAUGUGUUUACUUAAAGACAUAAUUAUUUAUAAAAGAAAAUUGUGUUUACACAAGAAAGCGUAUUGGCUUUUUUAAUGAUGUUGCUAAAGUUUAUUUUCUGUCAGUGUUUUUGGAAAUAGAUCCAUUUUAAAGCAUCUCAUCUCAUUUUGUAUUCCAAAGUAGCUGUAAAAGCCAUCUGUCUGCUUCAACAGACACUCGUUUAAGAAAAUAAGAGCAAUAAUUGAGCCCAUUUACCACAGGUACUGUAACAACACAUGGAGCACACACACCAAGCCCUCACAGUCAUAGAAAGGAUAAAGAACAUAUUCUGAACAGCCUCACUGAUGUUUUUUUUUUUUGUAAUGUUACAUGUUACUGUAUUUUGGGAUUGUUUUCUGUAAUUUUUUUCCUCAUUUUUAUAUCUGGAAGUCUCCAUCGUUAACACUAUGAGCCCUGGUCAGAAUUUUGUUUCUCACAAGUCUAACCCAUGGCAAAUGUUGAAAUUGAAUUAAAUUGCUUUUCAAAGA